AUGGCCGAAAAUGGAAGCUCCCUUAAUGAAACGUUCUUAAACCAAUACGACAACGGGGAGUACCUAUCAAUCCUGGGUAUAUCCGAGGUCACAGUUCUAGGAGUCUGUUUGGUGCUUACCCUGAUCAGUAGCACUUUCAUCAUCGUCAUCCUCCACAAAGUGGAGAACUGCUUCGGCGACAUGACGCAAUUCAUUUUUAAGUCACUUGCCGUCACGGAUUUUCUCACGGGUAUUUUCUGUUGCGGGUUGACUAUGAUUGGGCUGGUCGUCGGGAAGGAUAGAGGCUUAAUUUCCCAAAUAUUGUGCUAUGUGGGAUGGGCAGCCUGUACAGGGCUGACCGGUCUCUCUGCUCUCCUCAUCGCCUGCGCGUGCAUUGACCGUUUCAUCGCAGUCGUCUACCCUCUUCGCUAUUGCACCCUGGUCACCAUGAAACGCUUCCGGGUCGUGCUCGCAGUCAUCUGCUCCAUCGUCCUCACCAACGCUGCCUUUAGCACUCUCCGUGGAGGCUUUGCCGAGACCGACCUAUGCCUGUCCGACUUUUCCUCAACGCGACUCGCCUUUCGACCCUGCCUCGUCCCCAGCCUUCUCAUAAGCUGUACAUCCGUCAUUGUCGCAACCGUCACCAACGUCAAGGUCAUGUUUGUUUCAUCAGGUCAAUCAAAACGCUCUCCUAGAGUCAAUCCACCUCAAGUUGUCCUCCAAAAUGCCGCUACCAUACAACAUCGAGGAAAUAGGAAAGGUCUCCUCGUUUUAAUUGCCACCACUGUCACAUUUUUCGUCGCUAUAUCUCCGUGGUUCAUCAUCUCCGCAUCGCAUUUCAGCCACAAAACCGCCAUCACAUUACCUUUGGCCAGGUAUAUCUCAACUGUUUUGCUGCUCUCCAAUAGUUGGAUGAACGCCUUCAUUUUUAGCAUUUUUAACAAACGAUUCCGAGAAGCAGUGAAAAGAGUGAUGUGUCGCAUCCCUUUGAACUACACAGUUUGA